CGUCUGCGCCUUCCUGCUGGCUGCCUCGACCCUCCAGUGUGCGUCAGGAAGAUCCCCAAAGUGGAGCCUCCCUGCCGGUGCGGAUUCCUGUAGGACGGACCCCCCGGAGACAGUACAUGUUACUGUAACGACUCGGCGAGAUCAUGGACCCGACCUCUAUGCAGCAGACAGUGAUGGAGUCCCCCGAGGCCACCCCCGCCCCCCAGGAGGUUGACCUCGGCUCCCCCCACAUCCCCGCAGAACCCCCAACUUCCCCCAAAGCUGACCAGGCCUACGAACCACUCAGCUAUGACGAGCUCUUUCCAGCACUCCCCAAUGCUGAGAUGGCCGCACCUCCCACGGUUGAUGCCCCAAGAGACAACUGGAACCAACUCAGUGAAAUGCGGAUUCCGUCCUCGGUGAUUACCCAAGUGUUCCGCGUGCCGUAUGAGGAGAGGGCAAAGAUCGACGGCAACAAUCAGUUCGGGGAGUCAGCAUCGUCCCGCAUUUGUGCCGAGAUCAACAGGCACACUGGAGCCCACAUUGAGAUCUCCUCUGCCAAGGACCAGUCGCUGACCUUCCUCGUCACCGGAAAGAACGACGCUGUGGCUCGCGCUCGCCGCCUCGUCCUGGAGAGGUUCCAGAUGCAGGCCCGAGUCACUGUCAAGAUCCCCAAGGACCACCACCGCUUCAUCCUGGGCAAGAAGGGCAAGCGUCUUCAGGAGCUGGAGCAGAACACGGCCACCAAGAUCCAGGUGCCAAGCCCGAAGGAUGGCUCUGAGGACAUUGUGGUGAUGGGAACCCGCGAUGCUAUUGACAAGGCCCUGCACGAAAUCCAGCAGACCUCUGAUGAACAGAGCAAGCAAGCCUAUGAGAAACUGGAGAUCCCCAAGCACUUCCAUCCGUUCAUCUGUGGCGCCAACAACGAAAGCAUCCAGAGCAUGAUGGCGGAGCAUGGAGUUCGCAUCAACGUUCCUCCUCUCAGUGUCAUGAAGAACGAGAUCACCAUUGCCGGAGAGAAGGACGGAGUGAUGAAGUGCAAGGAGAUCAUCACAAAGAGACAUAAGGAAAUGGAUCGCAAGUGCCAGACGGUCUCAGUGGAGGUACGCAAGUCCCAGCACAAGUACGUGAUUGGCCCUCGCCGCUCCAACAUUGCGGAGAUCCUUCACGAUACAGGAGUGUCUGUGGAGAUGCCGCCCUCAGAGACCACCACCGAGACCAUCACUCUCAGGGGGCCACAGGACAAGCUGGGCCAGGCACUUACAAUGGUGUACGCUAAGGCCAACAGUGUGGUGCAACAGGAUGUGGAAGCCCCAACCUGGCUUCACAAGUUUAUCAUUGGACGCAAGGGAGCCAACAUUCGUCAGAUAACUCAAGACCUACCUAAGGUGCAUGUGGAAUUCACUGACAAGCAGGGUGGAAUCAAACUGGAGGGUCCGCCGGAGGAAGUGGAGAUCGCAGCAGAGAAGCUCGAGAACAUGAUUUCUGAGAUGAAGAGUAAACUGUGCUUUGAUGAGAUCUCUGUGGACCCUAAGUUCUACAAGCAUAUCAUCGGCAAGAACGGAUCCAAUAUCAAUCGCAUCCGUAAUGACACCGGAGUGCUCAUCAACAUCUCCGAGGCUGACGGCAGCAACCUGAUCCGCCUGGAGGGCAGCCCAGAGGGUGUCAGGCAGGCCAAGCAGGAACUGGAGGAGCUGGUGACCAAGAUGGAGAACGAGAAGGAGCGUGACAUCCACAUUGACCAGCGCUUCCACCGGACCAUCAUUGGCACCAAGGGAGACAAGAUCAAGGAAAUAAGGGACAGAUUCAACCAAGUGCAGAUCUCAUUCCCGGAUCCUGGGGAGCAGUCAGACUUGGUGAAGAUCCGCGGCCCCAAGGAUGAUGUAGAUGGCUGCCACCAGUACCUGAAGAAGAUGGUGCGUGACCUGGCUGAGUCCAACCACCAGGUCAAGGUCUCCAUCUUCCGCCAAUUCCACAAAUUCAUCAUUGGCAAGGGUGGAGCGAACAUCAACAAAAUCAGGGAGGAGACAGGGACACGCAUUGAUCUUCCCUCCGAGGGGCAGAACAGUGACGAGAUCACCAUCACCGGCCGUAAGGAGAACUGUGAGAAGGCCCAGGAACGCAUUCAGAAGAUUCAGGAUGAGCUGGCCAGCAUUGUGGAGGUGGACAUCAUCAUUCCAGCCAAAUUCCACAACUCCAUGAUUGGCGCAGGAGGGAAGCUGAUUCAGAGUGUCAGUGAGGAGUGUGGCGGAGUGGCCAUUAAGUUCCCGCCACCUGGAAAAGGCUCUGAAAAAAGCUCCGACAAGGUGACCAUCCGUGGACCCAAGGAGGAUGUGCACAAGGCCAAACAAAUCCUGGUUGACCUCAGCAAUGAGAAGCAGUUGGCCAGUUACACUACUGAGGUGCGUGCCAAGCAGCAGCAUCACCGCUUCCUCAUCGGGCGCAACGGUGCAAACAUCCGCAAGAUUCGUGACGCCACUGGAGCGCGCAUCAUCUUUCCCACAGACAAGGAUGAGGACAAGGAGCUCAUCACCAUCAUUGGAAAGAAGGAUGCCAUUGCCAAGGCCAAGGAGCAGCUGGAGGCCACCAUCAAGGAGCUGGACCAGGUGGUGGAGGAGACCAUGAUGGUGGACCCUCGCCACCACCGACACUUUGUGGCACGCCGCGGGGAGGUGCUCAGGCAGAUUGGGGACCAGUACGGUGGAGUCACUGUGUCCUUCCCCAUCGGUGUGCAGAGUGACAAGGUGACUCUGAAGGGAGCCAAGGAGUGUGUGGAGGGAGCCCGUGCACGCAUCCAGGAGAUUGUGAGUGACCUGGAGGAGAUGGUGGAGUUGGAGGUGGUGAUCCCGCAGCGCUACCACCGCACUGUGAUGGGGUCGCGGGGCAGCAAGGUGCAGGCCAUCACCAUGCGCCAUGAGGUGCAGAUCAAGUUCCCCGAGAAGGACAGCGGUGUGCACCUCACCAACGGGGAGGAGGACGGUGCGCAGGUGAAUGGUGAGGCUGAGCCAGAGACACGGCCUCAGGACAUCGUGCGUAUCAUGGGCAAGAAGGAACGGUGUGAGGCAGCUCGAGACGCCCUGCUGGAGCUGGUGCCAGUGACGGUGCAGGAGGUGGUGCCCAACCGCCACCAUCGCUACAUCAUCGGCCAGAAGGGCGAGAAUGUGCGCCAGAUGAUGACGGAACACGACGUCAACAUCCAGGUGCCGCCGCUGGUGGAGUGCAGUGACAUUAUCCGCAUUACUGGCCCACCCGCCAACACAGAGCGAGCAUGCCAGGCCCUGCGGGAGAAGGUGACGCAGCUGGAGGAGGAGGAGGCAGACAGGGAGGCCCGCUCCUUCAAGCUGACAAUGGAGGUGGACCCAGAGUACCACCCCAAGAUCAUUGGCAAGCGCGGCGCUGUCAUCACCAAGAUCAGGGAGAAGCACAACGUCAACAUCCAGUUCCCGCCCCGUGGUUCAGCCGAAGAGAGUGUCAUCACCAUCACCGGCUACGAGCAGAACGUGCAGGAGGCCAAGGCCGCCAUCCUGGCCAUCACCGGCGAGCUGGACAAGAUGGUGCGUGACACGGUGGAGAUAGACAGCCGCAUCCACUCCCGCCUCAUUGGCAGCCGCGGCCGAGCCAUCCGCAAGGUCAUGGAAGAGUACAAGGUGGAGAUCAAGUUCCCCCGUGAUAAUGACGACCCCAACAUGGUGACCAUCAUGGGAGCUCCAGAGAACGUGGAGGAGUGCAAGGACCAUCUCCUCAACCUGUCUGAGGAGUACAUGCAGGACAUCACUGAGCGAGAGGACAUGAACAUGUACAUGUCGCAGAAUGCCUCCUCUGGUGCAGGUCCCACUCAGCCUAGUGGUGGUGGUCAGGGCACUGUGGAUGCCCCACAGCAGGGAGGAGGACUCAAGAAGGAGGGUGGCUUUGUGGUGUCUGGUGCCCCGUGGACACAGGAAGCUCCCAACAUGGACUCCUCAGAGGACUUCCCCUCCAUGGGUGCCCCAUCAGUGGCCACCCACACUGGCCCCACCAUCUGGGGGCCCCGCCGCUAGGCUACCGCCCUACCACACCCUCACACUCCAGAUAACUUCCUCCUGAUAACAAAAGGAGAAAUAAUUCUUUUGAAGGAAACAAUAUCAGCAGCUCAUGUUAAAUCUAUGCAUUCAUAUAUAGUAUAUAUAUACAUAUUUUUUUCCCUUUUCCGAGAACUUCUAUUUUUUUCCUUUAGGAAGAAGACUUGAUGAAUUCUUCCAGUCUUUAGUUAAUUUUUUUUAUUGUUUGUAAAGAAAUAAUCUCUACUUCAUUUUUCUUUGUUGAACUGUUAGCAGAUAAAGCAUUGUUGAAAAUUACAUUAAUAUUUUAGUUAAAAAUGAAUAUUUUUUUUUAUAUAUAUAUACAUAGACCUAAUUGAAUUGAGAAAUUUUUAUGUGUUAAAUUAAUGAAAAGUAGGAUUAGUGACUUGACAUUUUGUUUUCCAUUCAUAAGUAUGUAAGUGGUGUAGGGACAAGGAGUUUAGUCUCGCACACACACACACACACACACACACACACACACACACACACACACACACACACACACACACACACAAAAUUUCUGUACCAUUCAGUCAAACGUGUAUAUACAGAAAUUUCUCUCUCUCUCUCUCUCUCUCUCUCUCUCUCUCUCUCUCACACACACACACACACACACACACACACACACACACACACACCACUAGGCACAUUGAUUGGGGGAUCAUGAUUGUCUAGUUUGGUACACAACAGUUGUUUUUAACUUUUACCCAGUAACAAUAUAUUUUUUUCCUUCCCAAGCCAUACAUGACGCUGUGGGGUGUAGCCACUUUUGGGGGUUAACAUUAGGUUGAUAAUACUGCAUUCAGCCCAUCAGUAAUCAAUGUUAAGGGGGUCAUGACACACGUACACACACACACACACACACGCAUAUACUGUACAUAAACACUGGCCAAAUACCUCAGUCAUCACCAGGAGAAGGUAUGUGUUGGCUGUCACCACCACAACAUGGACCAUCACACUACCACCACCACAAUCACCACCACAGCACCACCAUCACCACUACCCCAUUCUCCUCACUGUCUUGCUGCACGUUGACGACCUGGACUCCUGAACCUGGCUAACGCUAAUUGGAAACAUUCACCGCCAGUCUUCCCAAACACAGGCCCGUUGGUGGAAGAAAUUCUCUCCGUACCUCAACUUGUGUUUUCUGCCUCCUGUGUCCUUGUCCUUCCUCCUCCCUGUGUUUCUUUCCUCCUCUCGUCGACUUUUUUUGUACGUGUAUUUUGCGCUGGUCUACCGGCUGCCGGAUUUGCUGCUCGUCUGAAUGCGUCGCGUGCAUCGAGAUGUGACGCGUGGCCAGGGCAGACUCCGACCUGCAGCGCAAACUGUCAGGAAUUGUGUAAACUGAAGGCUCGUAAUUUGUUACUCGUCGCCAGCCGUCACUGAUAUUAGAGUGAUCUCUGUGCUUUGAAGUCUCUCUCUCUCUCUCUCUCUCUCUCUCUCUCUCUCUCUCUCUCUCUCUCUCUCUCUCUCUCUCUCUCUCUCUCUCUCUCUCUCUCUCUCUCUCUCUCUCUCUCUCCUUCUUCCACCUCCAGGAACUCCUCCCACCCAGGGGCCAUCAGGGGCUAUAUAAAUGAUUGUGAAAAAAGAGAGAGAUGAAAAAAAAUUGAAUAUUUGUUGUGAUUUUGUUACUUUGAAAAGUACCACAGUUGUUGCUAUACUAUAUAUUUUGUGUAUCUCAAGACAGAAGUGAGGUUAUUACUACAUGAUGUCUCUGUAGCACCUGGUCACUUUGGCCGUGUAAGUUAGUGCUGCUGUUUGUGGUUUUCACUUAAUAAACAUAUAUUGGUA